CUUCAACUUCUCCAUUGUUCCUCCAAGUACUUCUCUCUUUAACCCCCCAAAAAAGUACUUUUUCUUCAUCUCAUAAAGUCUUGCUCUGUUUUAUAAUAUCUCUGAGGAAAAAAACAUACUUCUCUUCUUUUUUUGGUUAUUAUUGUUUGUUAGUGCGUUUUGUUCAUUAUUUGAUAAGAAACAAGAUCAAUAGUAUAUCAAAAAAGGGAGAAAAAUAAAUGGAGUUGAUGAAUCUGGCAUCAAAAGAAACGAGUUAUUGGAUGAUCGCACUACCUGCCGUUUUUGGAUCCCAAAACAUACACGAUGUUUCCGUCCUCGGCUAUCUAUUCCUCGCCGUCGUUUCUCUCUCUAUACUCACGUGGGCUCUAGCCGGAGGUGGCGGCGGCGCAUGGAAGAACGGCCGUAACCGACUGGGUCGGGUCACGAUUCCGGGUCCUCGGGGUGUACCAGUAUUCGGCAGUCUUUUCACUCUCAGCCGCGGCUUGGCUCAUCGGUCGUUAGCAGCCAUGGCUUGGAGCCGCGCCAAUACUGAGAUUAUGGCUUUCAGCCUCGGCUCGACGCCGGUUAUCGUGGCUUCUGAACCGAAUACGGCUCGCGAGAUUUUGAUGUCGAGUCACUUCGCGGACCGGCCAGUUAAGCAGUCGGCUAAGAGCCUCAUGUUUAGUCGAGCAAUAGGUUUCGCACCGAACGGGGCUUACUGGCGCACGUUAAGAAGGAUCGCCUCGACGCACCUAUUCGCUCCUCAGCGUAUUUUAGCACACGAAGCUGGGCGCAAGCUAGACUGCGCCGAAAUGGUGAAAGCUGUGUCAACGGAGCAAACCGGCGUCGGAUCCGUCGUUUUGAGGAAACACUUGCAGCUAGCCGCCUUGAACAACAUCAUGGGGAGUGUUUUUGGGAGAAGAUACGACCCUGUGGCUCAGAAAAUGGAUCUUGAUGAGCUCACAUCAAUGGUUAGAGAAGGUUUUGAGCUCUUGGGUGCUUUUAAUUGGUCUGAUUAUCUUCCAUGGCUCGGUUGUUUCUACGAUCCGGUUCGGUUAAAGCAACGCUGCUCAGAUCUCGUUCCUCGAAUCCGAGCCCUCGUCAAGAGAAUCAUUGACGAACACAGAGUCGUCAGUAACUCGGAGAAGAAAAGAGAUAUUGGAGAUUUCGUUGAUGUCUUGUUAUCUUUAGACGGUGAUGACAAGCUGCAAGAAGAUGACAUGAUCGCCGUUUUAUGGGAGAUGAUAUUUCGAGGGACAGAUACAACGGCGUUAUUAACGGAGUGGACCAUGGCGGAGCUAGUACUGAACCCUAACGUGCAAGCCAAGCUAAGGGACGAGAUCAAAACGGCCGUGAGCGAGCGAGUCGACGUGGCAGAUACGGACCUGGCAAAACUCCCGUACUUAAAGGCUGUGGUGAAGGAAACUCUAAGGCUGCAUCCUCCUGGACCAUUGUUAUCGUGGGCCCGUCUUUCCACGUCAGAUGUCCAGCUCAGCAACGGCAUGGUGGUUCCGAAGGGUACUACAGCGAUGGUCAACAUGUGGGCCAUUACUCACGACCCGACGGUAUGGUCCGACCCGUUAAAAUUCGACCCGGAGAGAUUCAAUGGGAAUGCUGACGUGGACAUUCGUGGUGGGGAUCUAAGGCUUGCGCCGUUCGGAGCCGGGAGGAGGGUGUGUCCGGGGAAAAACAUGGGUUUGUCUACUGUGACUCGGUGGGUGGCUGAGUUAGUACGACGGUUCGAGUGGAGACAGGAUCAGACCGAGCCGGUUAAUCUUGGUGAGGUCUUGAAGCUUUCUUGUGAGAUGGAGCAUCCGUUACGUGCCGUUGUAACGGAAAUAUUUUAAAGUUAGGGUUUUUGACUUUUGUCAACGUUUUUUCUUCUUUCUUAUUCUUAUAAUAAUAAUGAUUUAUGUAUUUUUACGUUUUCUUUUUGAUUCCUUGAGAGAGGUUUGGAUUGUUUGAUUGCUUGCCGUUUUAGUAAGUUGUUGAGAGAGUGUGGUUUGUUUUAAUGUUUAAUUAGUUUGAUGUGGUAAUUCGGUUUGAUUUGUAGUAUCAUAUCCUUAACUAGCGUGUUCUAAAUGAAAUGAAAAAUGACUAGAG